CGCCCUUCCGUCGUGUCGUGCGCUGCUUCCGCUCUCAGGUUCCUGUGUAGUUUCUGUCAGAGUGCAACAGCAAAGAUGAACACCGUCCUAUCCAGAGCAAACUCAUUGUUCGCCUUCUCGCUGAGCGUCAUGGCGGCGCUGACUUUCGGCUGCUUCAUCACCACCGCCUUCAAGGACAGGAGAGUGCCGGUGGACCUCCGCGUCUCCAAAGUCAUGCUGAAGAAUGUCGAUGACUUCACAGGACCCCGAGAACGAAGUGACCUGGGCUUCAUCACCUUUGACCUUUCAGCUAAUUUGCAGCCAAUUUUUGAUUGGAAUGUGAAACAGCUGUUUCUCUACCUGUCUGCUGAGUAUGCUACAAAGAGCAAUUCUCUGAACCAGGUGGUGCUGUGGGAUAAGAUUGUUCUUCGAGGUGAAAACACCAAGCUGAACCUCAGAGACAUGAAGUCCAAGUACUUCUUCUUUGAUGAUGGAAACGGACUGAGGGCCAAUAAGAACAUCACCUUGACACUGUCCUGGAGUGUUCCCAACGCUGGAAUCCUGCCCCUGGUGGCUGGAAGUGGACACGUCGCUCCCUUUCCAGAAACCUACGAGACUACCAAGAGCUAUUAGACAGAGAUGCCACUCGUCCGGCUGUUUCAACACAACUGUACUGUCAGACUGAUGGAGCGAGAUAAGCACAGACACACUGAUGACUUUUUUUCUUCGUGGAUGUAAUUGAGCUUUGGUUUGUAAUAAAAGUUGAACCGGAA